GAAGGACUAAGAAGUCAAGAACAAAACACGAGAAAGAGAGGGCUAACCAAACACCAGUGCACAUGAUCCACGCACAGCUGUUCUGACGCACAAUAUGGUUCAUUUCAGGUCAAUUAAACACAAUCACGCAACGGUGGCUUCAAUAUGUUUCUUGGUCUGAGAUCUCGAAUCUAAACAACAACAAUACAUGUACUACGUAAUGGACAGAUCUUACGGACAAAUCUUUUACCAGAGCUUGGUGUGAUAUAAUGCUAAAAUUAAGAUGAAAUGAAUGGCAAGCAAGCGUAUAUACGCAUACCGUACAGGGCAUCGCCUGCCUGGCAAUAGUUCUUACUGGAUUCGCUUUUGCUGAGCAAUAUGGACUUGAAAUGUCAGAGGGAAUACAAUGGACAGGUAUCCCAUUUGAAUCUCUGAAAACAGUGACGGUAUUUUCCUACGUGAUGUUUGGGGCGUGGCUAGCCAGCAGCGUACUGAUGUACAUUGCCGUCUACCUGGAGAGCAGAGUGUGCUGCUACCCGUGGAUAUUCCAGACGAUAGUUUGUUCCAUUAUUCUCAUCGCCUGGGUCAUUUACUGCGGGAUUACCAUGGGGACAGCGGCAUCGCACGGCACUGACACCAGUCCUUUAGACACUAGGGCUUGGAUUGAGUAUUUUGAACGGUCUCUCCUCAUUGCAGGGCUGUUUAUCUACAACGUGGUGGGAAUUGUCUGUGUUCGGGGCUACUGUGCAGAGCUGUGGGAAAAACAAAACAAGGCGGGGUCCCUGACGCCGAGCGUGGAUGUCGAGAAGAGAUUUUCCGAUGUAUUCAAUCCACCGCAUCUCCGCUCUGACCACGUGUAUAAUAUUCCGGUGGGAACUUAUAUCGCAUAACUGCGGGCUAUACCCUGUCCGGUUCUUGAAGAAGAGAGAGAACGUUUCUGCGCCACGUUUGUGAUCUUUUAACACAUAUCAACGAGUAUAUCUGUUGUUGAAUGCAUUCUCAGUAUACAAAAACUGGGAAUCAAAUGAUGGCAAAGGGGCAGCUGUUGGGCAGUGGGUAUUGCAGUGUACAUGUAUAUAAUACGGUGGGCAUGCCGAGCUUUAUAUCAAAACUGGU